UUAAAGAGAGUAGUUUUCAUGUUCUUUAUUUUAACCAAAUUAAGAUGAAUUGUUCUCCUCCUUGAUUUGCCUGUCUAGUAGGGUGAUCAGGUCAUAAUUGGACUAUUAUUGAAAUUGAUUUAAUAUUGCUUGGCGUUGGUGUGCUGCAAUCUAUUUAAAAUAUUAUUUUUUUCUAGAUCUGUCCAUAACUUAGACUUCUCAACAAGAGUCAUAAAUAUAUAAAAUGGAGCAAGCUGUCCUCUUAUAUAGUGAAUUAAUUUGUGGAUUUUAGCGGAUCAGCUGAAAGAUGAGGAUCCGUAGCCAUUCAUGUAUUUCUCUUUUGCUUCUCUUCUCCCUUUUCUCUUCCUUGCAGAGUCCAACACAGGCUGCCAAAAAGUCUUAUGUGGUGUAUUUGGGGAGGAAUUCUCAUGGAUCUGAAUCUUCUUCUGCAUUGGAUAUCAGUAAAAAGACCGAGUCCUACCAUGAGUUAUUGGGUUCUUGCAUGAAAAGCAAGGAGAAGGCAAAAGAAGCAAUAUUUUAUUCCUACUCAAGUUAUAUCAAUGGAUUUGCUGCAACACUUGAAGAUGAAGAAGUUGACGAAAUCUCAAAGCGGCCAGAAGUGGCAUCAAUUUUUCCUAAUGAAGAGAGUGAAUUGCAUACGACAAGAUCAUGGGAGUUUCUUGGACUAGAGAGAAAUGGAAAAAUUCCACCGGACUCUAUCUGGGUUAAGGCAAGAUUUGGUGAAGAUGUAAUUAUUGGAAAUCUUGACACUGGUGUCUGGCCCGAGUCAGAAAGCUUCAGUGAUGAAGGGAUGGGACCUAUUCCAUCAAAGUGGAAAGGAUAUUGUGAUACAAAUGAUAGAGUUAAAUGUAACAGGAAGCUUAUUGGUGCAAGAUACUUCAACAAGGGCUUCCAAGCUUCUGUAGGCCUGCCCCUUGAUCCAUCCUACAACACUGCACGAGAUACUGAUGGUCAUGGCACCCACACUCUCGCUACGGCAGGUGGACGCUUUGUUUCAGGAGCUAAUUUCUUGGGUUCAGCCAAUGGAACUGCAAAGGGAGGGUCACCUAAUGCCCGAGUUGCUUCCUACAAGGUUUGCUGGCCAGGUUGCAAUGAUGCUGAUAUAUUGGCUGCCUUCGACGCUGCAAUUCAGGAUGGGGUUGAUAUCUUGUCUGUUUCACUUGGAAGUCGUCCUCGCCAUUACUUUGGUCAUGGAAUUUCAAUGGGGUCUUUCCAUGCUGUUAAAAAUGGGAUUCUUGUAGUUUGCUCUGCAGGGAAUUCUGGGGGGCAAGGUGGACGUGUCUCCAAUGUGGCUCCCUGGAUUCUCACAGUUGCAGCUAGCACAAUUGAUCGGAAUUUUGCAUCAAAUGUCAUCCUCGGAAAUAACAGGCUAUUCAAGGGCCUGAGUUUCAAUACCAAUACUUUGCCUGCUAGGAAGUAUUAUCCCUUGGUUUACUCUGUUGAUGCUAAAGCUGCCAACGUCUCUGCUCUCAGCGCACAAUCCUGUUCUCCUGAAUCCCUUGAUCCAGAAAAGGUAAAAGGAAAAAUUGUGUAUUGUCUUCAUGCAAGGGUUGAGAUGAGCUGGGUAGUUGCUCAGGCUGGUGGCGUUGGGGUGAUCCUCGCUGAUCAGUUACCUCAAGCGACGAUCUCCCCUCAAGCCCACUUUCUUCCUACUGCACAUGUCUCUGCAGCUGAUGGCCUUUCUAUUUUAGCUUAUAUAUAUAGCACAAGGCAUCCAGUAGCUUAUAUAAGUGGUGCUACAGAAGUUGGAGCUGUGGCUGCUCCUAUCAUGGCUUCAUUUUCAUCUUCUGGACCUAAUGCAAUCAAUCCAGAGAUCCUCAAGCCUGAUAUCACUGCUCCUGGAGUCCAUAUUUUAGCUGCCUAUACAGAAGCUUCAGGGCCUACUUCUCAAUCAUUUGACAAGCGCCAUCUUCCAUUCAAUAUUAUAUCUGGUACUUCAAUGUCCUGUCCCCAUGUUUCUGGCAUUGCUGGCCUUCUCAAAAGCUUGCAUCCAGAAUGGAGUCCUGCUGCAAUUAAGUCUGCAAUUAUGACCACAGCAACAACUACGAGUAAUGUUAGACAACCGAUUGCCACUGAUUUUCUUCAAGAGUCAAACCCAUUUGACUAUGGUUCAGGACAUAUCAGGCCAAGCCGCGCAAUGGACCCUGGCUUGGUUUAUGACUUGACCACCAAAGAUUACCUGAAUUUUCUGUGCUCCAUUGGCUAUAAUGCAACCGAAAUGUCAGCAUUUGCUGAUAAGCCAUACAACUGCCCAUCCAAAAACAGUAGUUUGUUGGACUUAAACUAUCCAUCAAUCACUGUCCCUAAUCUCUCUGGGAAAGUCACAUUGACGCGAACCUUGAAGAAUGUGGGAACUCCAGGCUUAUAUACAGCUCGCACCAAUGCACCUGAAGGAAUAACAGUUAAGGUUGAACCAAUGAGAUUGAAAUUCAACAAGACAAAUGAAGAGAAAAGUUUCAAGGUAACACUAAAGGCUGAGGAAAAUGCAAGCGACUUUUAUGCAUUCGGUGGGCUUGUAUGGUCAGAUGGGGUGCACAAUGUAAGAAGUCCUAUAGUGGUGAAGAAGAAAGAUGCAGGCUCAGCUUAAACUAUGUUAAUUUUUAUCAAUAAAUUUGUUCAAAUUCUCUAAUCAAGCAACCAUAAUUAAGAACAUGGCAAGAGAAUUUAGAUUAUUUCCAUUUAUUUGUUGAGAACACCUUGUGUGAUUCUGUCUUGAGUCUCCCAUAAUGCAACUCCAAACAGAAAAUCUGAUUUCCCAA